UUAGAUGAAGACGGUUUCAGGUGGGCUGAACAUUUGCGCUCGACUGUAAAAAGCGAAGCAAUCCUGCACUUUUGUAGCAUCUUUGUAUUGCUGUUGUGAUUAAGGGACCGACUCCAGACUUACUGAUGAGCAUGCUGGGUAAUGAUAUGCACUAUGGAUAAUCAGAGCCAAAAGAAUACAAGUGUGAUUUUUGUGUUAGUUUAAUUCUUUUCAAACAGAGGGCAAACACAGCAAUCAACAGGGCAGAAAACUCAAGCCUCAUUGUUGUCAUCAAUGAUAUGACAGCUUGUAAUAUUCCCUUCGCUGUUGUGCUGCUGGCAGGGUGGAGGAUGUCUUCUCACACCUUCAGAUGUGUGUCCUGAGAACCCCUAAAUUGCUGAAGGCUAUAAACGCAUGUUAAUCAAUGUGUGCAAUCAUAAUGCCAUAAUCAGUAUGGUAGCACUUUAAAACGCUUACCUUUUAGUGACCAGCAUACAGAACUGUGAGCUAAAGGACAAUAAGCUCACAAAUUGUAGUGCCAAGAAUACAUGACGCCUACUCAGAAAACAAACUCUUGCAAAUAUUUUCAAAUGAAUGAACUUUAAAAUAUCCAAUAAGAAAACCAUGACUGACCUAAAGAAACCGUAAAAAAAUGUAUCCACUCUGGCAGUGACAUUUAUUUUCACCUUGUCCUCUAAUGAGAGCCAGCUAUCUAUUUGCAUACCAUCACAUGCUGCCAUGACUCAACCCAAUGUUACAGUUCUCUCGGCUAAUAUCUCUGGAGGAUCUGAAUCGGGUAAUCUAUACCGUCCAUUUUCUGUGUUCAGUGUUCUCACACUCACUUUGCUGGCCAUGCUAGUGAUGGCCACCUUUGUAUGGAACCUUCUGGUAUUGGUGACCAUCCUGAGGGUGCGCACCUUCCAUCGUGUUCCCCACAAUCUGGUUGCCUCCAUGGCCAUCUCGGAUGUGAUGGUUGCAGGACUGGUAAUGCCCCUCAGUCUGGUCAGGGAGCUCUACAGUCGGCGUUGGAUUCUGGGUCGGGCCCUAUGUCAGGUCUGGAUCUCCUGUGAUGUGCUCUGCUGCACAGCUAGUAUCUGGAAUGUGACGGCCAUUGCCCUAGAUCGUUACUGGUCCAUCACUCGCCACCUGGAGUACACGCUGAAGACACGCAAACGAAUCUCCAAUGUGAUGAUCGGCCUCACAUGGCUGCUUUCCUCUGUUAUCUCGCUUUCGCCACUCUUCGGUUGGGGUGAGACCUACUCGGAAGACAGCCUGGCUUGUCAAGUAAGCCAGGCGCCCUCUUACACAGUGUUCUCCACCUUUGGAGCCUUUUACCUGCCCCUCUGCGUGGUGCUCUUUGUCUACUGGAAGAUUUACAAGGCUACCAAGUUCCGUAUUGGCUCUCGCAAGACCAACACCAUCACACCCAUGGCUGAGGUCAUAGAGGUUAAGGAGGCUGAACGACGGCCACAGAUGGCCUUCACAGUUCGUCACGCUACUGUAUCUUUCCAGACGGAUGGCGAGACGUGGCGAGAGCAGAAAGAGAGGAGAGCGGCUCUGAUGGUGGGCAUCCUGAUUGGUGUGUUUGUGCUCUGUUGGAUUCCCUUUUUCCUUGCUGAGCUCAUCAUUCCACUCUGUUCAUGCGACAUCCCCCCUGUCUGGAAAAGUGUCUUCCUCUGGCUGGGUUACUCAAACUCCUUCUUUAACCCACUCAUCUACACAGCCUUUAACAAGAACUACAACAACGCAUUUAGAAACCUUUUUUCCAGACAGCGAUGAGGAACAGAAAGAAGAAAGACCAGAAUGAAAACCUUUGGGUUUUAUGAGUAGAAAGUGAGAAGAA